AUGGAUAAGUUAACGAAACUUGUAGAGCGUCUUGAAAAUAUAGCUGAUCGCCUGGAAACAGCAACCAUCCGAGAAAAGUCUAUCAAAUCAACUGCAAAACACACUAAUAAUUCACAACAGGCUCGGUGUUCCACCAUGUCCUCUCUCGACAGCAUUAUUGAUGGUCCUCUUCAGAAGCUGUCCUCAAUUAGCGCGACUAUAGGCAGCGAUGUCAAAAAACAGUGUGAUUUGUUAAUUGCGGCCUUCAAAGCUGAGUCUGAUUUUGUAAAAUCGUCGUCAGGAAUGGCAAAACCAUCCAGCUCACAGCUUCCGGCUGUUCUUAAACCAUGCUCUGAUGCCAUUCAAAAAGUUACAGAAUUUAAGGACCGAAAUCGGACGAGUGCUGACUUCAACCACCUCUCUGCCAUUGCCGAAUCCGUUUCUGCUUUGGGAUGGAUUGCUGCACCGGAUCCACCUGCAAAAUUCAUUAAUGAAAUGGUUGAGUCGGGAAAAUUUUACACGAACCGAAUAUUGAAGGAAUUCAAGGGCAAGGACGAUAACCACGUAGAGUGGGUGCACGCGUUUUUGGAUGUGUGGAACCAAUUGAAAGACUUUACAGUCGCUCACUAUCCCGCGGGACUAACAUGGGCCAGUGGUGGUAGUGAUGCUGGUGUUCCCCCGCCUCCACCCCCACCACCACCACCGCCGCAGUCUUCUCAGAUUUCCUCUUCUGAUGCUUUGUUCGCGGAGAUCAACCGUGGUGAUGCAUCGACCAGGGGUCUACGCAAGGUCACUGAAGACAUGAAGACGCAUAAGAAUCCUGACCUGCGUGCUGCUGCUCCUUUGGCGGCCAAGAAGGCAGUCGCACCUGCUAUUCCCACUCGUCCCGAUCAGCGCAAAGAGAAUCAAAAUGAGAAUCGCGAAAUCGUAAUCGAGAUCAAGGAAAAGAAGGAGACUGUUUACAUCUUCAAAUGCAAUAGCAGUAUCGUUCAUGUCAAGGGUAAACUCAACUCCAUCGCUUUGGACAGCUGCAAGAAGACCUCACUCCUCUUCGAUACUGUUAUAUCCUCUGUUGACAUUGUCAACUGCCAGGACAUCAAAAUACAGGUGACGGGCCUUAUGCCAACCAUCAAUAUCGACAAAACCAAUGGCUGCCAAGUUUAUUUAAGUGAGCAGGCCAAGGACGCAGACAUUAUCACAGCAAUGUCAUCGGAGGUGAACAUUCUUGUGCCUGCAAAGGACGGAGACUUUACAGAGUAUGCGAUCCCAGAGCAAUUCAAGACCAAGUUCGUGUCAAAUCGCCUCGAGACCAAAGUUCACGUAUUGGAGUGA